AUGUCCGCCGCAGCAUCAUUCACCCCCUCCAAACCCUCUCUAACGACCAACGACUCCGCCGUCCUCCAGGCCCUCUUCGACGCGGAGUCCUCACCAUCCUCCGCAGUCAACAUUGACUCGACUCUUCCAGCGCUCCCCGCACACCUUAACAUCCCAGCCAAAGAGCACAGCUUCCUCCAGUCGCGUGAGCGAGAGAUAAUCUCAACCCUAGCCUCUCAGUCAACACCAACCCGCGAAACACUUGAAUCAGCGAUCAGCGAGCUCUCUACACUCAUCACAUCGCAUCCAACAUACCCAUCUGCUUACGCGAACCGCGCUCAGGCGGUACGCAUGUUAAUAGAGGUCCCGGCUCCCGCUUCCACCACCGAAACUGCAGAAACAGAAGCAGAAAUUCUUUUCAACAACACCAACGAACAGCACCUCACAACUCUCUUCUCCGACCUUGGGACAGCAAUCUCCCUCGCCACACCGCGCUCUCCCGCAGACCCGGUCUCCUCGCUACAAGCAAGACUGCUAGCUGAUACACACACUCACCGCGCGUAUUUGCUCCUGAAGAUCUCGCGACGGCUCAAGAACGCAGGCGACAAUGAGGAUGCCGGCGUACCGGCUCGACUAAAGGAGCUAGGACCGGAGGGACUUGAGGAAAUGGCUAGUAGGGAUUUCUUUUUUGGAGGACGUUAUGGGAAUAAAGUUGCGCAGCAGAUGGCGGUACAGACGAAUCCAUAUGCAAAGAUGUGUGGGGCCAUUGUAAAGGAGGCGAUGAGGAAGGAGAUUGAGGGGGAUAUAUGA